GAGGGUUCCCAACCGUGGGGCGAGGCUCAUCUGUCUCCUUCUCCAAGCCCUUUCGCAAACCCGUCACGAGCAGGUUCUAUGUUCAACGGGGCAAUCCACGAGGCUUCGAUAGCUCAGACAUAACAGGUCGGCCGAUCGGCUUCAUAGACGGCCAUGUUGCCAACGAAGCAUGCCUGAUCCGGAUCGGAAUCAAGGGAGGAGAACUUCCCGCUGAGCAUAUCAUGCACUUCACCUCAAGAGAAGAUGUAAUUCAAGCUAUCAAUGAAGGCAUGAUAGAUGCUGUGUUCUGCAACAUCUUUCUGUACAACUUCGAGGCAGAUCUGGAUGCCUUGGGUGACCCGGAUACCACAUGCAUGCUAGAUGGCGCUGGCAUGACGGUCCGUAAAGACAGCCGCCUACCGGACUGGUGGAACCCAGCCUUUGACCAACUCAAAGAGUCGUCGGAAUACCAACGAAUCUGCGAUGAAGUCACCACCAAGCACAGCCAGUCAGAGGAAGAAAUUGCUUGUAUUGAUUGACUCUUUGGACAAUGCCGACAAAGGAGGCGAAGGCAAAGUUCGAAACAAACAAACAAACAGAUACACGGUAUAAAGGUAGAGUUAGUAAAUCAACUUGUAAUAGUCGGUGGUUUAGGGGCUGAUGGGUGUGGUGCAGUUGCCUUAGAAUUGUUCGGUGGAGGGACUCUGAGACUUUUUUUGCGAGGAUGAUCCAAGUUUUACCCGUCCUCGGCUUCCAGCUGCAAGUCCACGUACACUAUACAUAUUGCAAAGUGUUUAUUCUAAAUCUCGGCAUGCAUGGUGGACUGGUUUAAGGUUCGAGGAUGGGUAUCCACGAAAAGACAUUCUACAUCAGGGCAAGAGGUAUACAUGGUUCCAUAUACUUUUAGCGAAAUGGGUCAUUAUGAGAUAUGUUCACGAGAUUAAUGUGGUCGAGCAAACGUAUUAUCAAUAUUUUUCUUUGUCGUCAAUACCCUUUUCAACUAGUAAACACUUGGCAGCCAAGGAUUUUGAAUGAAACGUUUCGUUGGAGUUGGUUGAUAUUAAUUAUUUUUAAUUUCCUUGCAAAUCUCCGAUUUUGGUCAUAACUUUGUUAACCAUAUUAUUCCCCCCGACUUCAUAUUUGGUGGUGCAUUUAUCAAAUAAAUCCUAAAUAAAAUUGAA